AUGGAGGAAAUGAGGAGCGAUAACAGCCAAGGUGGAGCCACGUACACAGAGACAACGAACAGUGAUGAUAACGAAGCGCCAGAAACCAGAAUACCUCGCAAAGCUUAUGUCAAGGAGAUAAAAGAUGAGACGAGACAAGACAGCCUACGAACCAAUGAAAUCGCGCACUUGGCUCGUUUCACCUCCCAGCCAGCACCACGCGAGUGCCUUCUUAACAUGUCUCUUAAAGACACCUUCAUCCACCACCGCCGCAUGAAGACACUCGAAGAUGUAUACGGAAUCAUCGAAAAGUUCAACGACGGUGUGAGUAGUGGGAAAGAACUGCUGGUCAUUAAAACUGAGAUCUUUUACCUCCAACGGAUAUGCUCCAUCGUGAUGUCUAGCUUUCCUGAAAGCAGGCCCGGGAACGUGGGCCAGAUUCCAUGCGAUGACUUGCAGCUUGCCCUGUGGGAUGUAGACAUUGGCCAAAUCGAGGAAGAAAUCUUGUUGACACCGACUACAGUACUCGCACUUUCCAGAGUGCUAGGUAGAGUGGUAGGAAACAUAAGGUUGGAAGAUGCCGCUGCGCUUUGCAAGAGCAAGUCCAUGUUCAGAUGCUUGACACACGCGGAGAUGAAAACGUUGGGGAUCCGCAGCUCGUAUUUUCUUCAAGGCACCGACCCCACAAAGCCAGAAGAAGAUGACAAGAGAGUUUUCGAGAAUCCCAAAAUUGGACUCUACAUCGACCGGUUCAGCCCCAAUUUUCUAAACUAUUUCCGGGCGAGGGACGGUAAAUCGAUUUCGGACUGGCUAGACGAGGCGCGAACCUUACGCAGGCCAACUAUCGAGUUUUCACAACUAGUGAAAACCUACGGCACUCGAUUAGAGAUCACUGGAUAUCGAAGUGACACCCCAGGUAGCUUCAGUACCGCUUUGGGAAUUCUUUUGGAUGAACGGGAUGACUUGCUGCAGAAGUACGCCGACUUGCAAGAAGAGGCCGCAAAGACAAAGGAUAGACUAACAAAAGUAAAUGAGGAACUGACUUCGAUCAAUGGAAUUCUCAAUCGGAAGGAUGAAGAAAACAAGCAGUUGGAGCAGGAGAAUGCCAAUCUCAAAAGCGAAAAGAGGCAACUGAAGAAACGGGGCUAAGACGUAGCUUCAUACCUGUUAGACAUAGCAAUCUCGCAAUGGCCUCCUCAAGAACGGACAAUCUCUACAUUAUAAGUUCUGUAUCGAUCACGG